AUGCCUGGAAUUCAUCGUAGAAGGAUUGCAUUGGCAAAUAAAAGUUUCUUUAGGGUUAGCUUUUUGACUAAUUUGGGAAAUUCCUGUGUAUGGAGUUUGAAGACUUGUCCCAUCGGUUUAUUUCUUCGCCUCUGUCGACUUCAGCUAGGCUCAAACGACGAACUACUUGAACUGAAAUUUAAAUCGCCCUAUGUUGUGCCAUUUUCGGCAUUGCAGCAUUUAGAAUCGGAAUCCGAUGCUUUUGUAUACAAACCAUCGCUGAAAAAAGAUACUGCUCUUUUAUUUGAUCUUUUAAGCAUCAGUGAUCUUUCGGCGCUCCCCCAAAACACAAGUUGCAGACUCCACAACCAUGCGUUUGGUAUUGUGGUGGUUUUCCACUGCCUCCAUGAAUCCUCUAUUGAUUUGAUUGCAAGUAAAUACUUGGAAAUUGUCGAAAAGGUAACCCCUCCCAUUGCUGAAUUGAAGAUCUCCUUUAUUCCGGUCAAAAAGUGCAUCUUGUUUUGCCCAGAGGAACUUCGACACACUGCGGAAUUUAUUCAACACCUCGAACUUUACGAAGGAAUUCCGUUCGUUAUUUUUGACGCGUCUUUUGAGAUUUUAUCGGUGCUGGGUUCGGAGACCCUCUAUUAUUGUUAUAAGCUCAUAAAUGAGCUCCAUCAGCUAAAAAAGAAGGUUGAAACAAAGCCCAUAGCCUCUUCUGAACUCUCUACUUUCAAUUUGGGGUUUGUUCCCUCUUUGGCUCAAAGAAACGAUAAUAUCCAAUUGGCAACAAUUUAUUACAAAAUUGCCUCGCUGUUUUUUUUGGUUGGUUCGCCCUCUUCUUCAUUAGAAAAUUACGAAAAGGCCAUUGGAAAAAUAGAUCUUAUAAAGUAUCCGACGUCAGAAGAUGCUCUUCUUAAAGUGAUUUCUGAAGAGAGUAUUUUGUUGGCUAAUAUUUAUGCACAUCUGUUUUUUGAGGAUGUUAACGCCUACUAUGAAAAGGAAUCGCUACUAAAGUCGAGCAUGGCUUCUUUUCAAGAAAUUGCUAAAAAGUACAUAAAUCUGAAAGCAAUUGAACAUUGGAUGGCGCUUACAAUGAAAAUUGAGUUUAUUUCCUCGUUUAUGAACUACCAGGACUAUUUUAUGAAUCACUUGGAAGGAGCUGUUUUUCUGCUUUGUUGUCCAACCAAAGAGCUUACGAUUUUGGAUUUCAAUCAUUCAGCGGUUCCUCAAAGGACCCAAACAGAGAUUGGCAAUUGCAAAUCACAAGAUUUUGAGUCCAAUACCAAAUCUCAUAAGGAAUUGGCCAGUUUUCUUCUUGAUUUGGCUCGGUCAUACGAGUGCAAAAGAUUGGCGUCGAUUUGUAGCCUCAAGCUUUUGUCACAUCCUCCUUUGGACGAUUUAAAGUCAAAUCAAAGUACGGCGUGGUUUUAUUAA